CUAUAAACUUUUUGUUUUAUAAAAAACCGCAUUAAACUCCAUUAUAUAGAGGUUUAUCUUUCAGCCAAUCAGCAGCGCUCUAGGGAAACAAGCGGACCAAUCAGAAAGCAGUGCGCCCUGUUCGCGGUUCAUAACCUGCCUGGACCCGCUGCCUGCUUCAGUAGUAAAACACGAACCGAAGCGAUGGACGGUGGAACCGAACCGCAUCCCGUCUCCAUCCGCUGCAGAAAGUAGCGCCCCGGGUCAUGGCUCGGAGUCGAUCCGACCUCCUGCCGCUCCUGCCCCGCCGGAACGCCCGGCUGGACUCGUUCCUGAAGCGGAACACGGAGCCGGCUCUGUACGAGCGGAUCCGAACCCACGAACCGUGCGUGGUGGUCUCUGACGUCAUCAACAAGGUCUACAUGUACGCGGUUCUGAGUGACGAGCGCGUGUACCUGACGGAGUUCCCGCCGCGCGCGCUGACCGCCGCCGUGAGCCUAGAGCGCGUGCGCGACAUCGAGCUGGUGAACGACCUCCCAGAUUUCCUCAGUUCAAAGGACAGGGAGCGCUGUCAGCACAUACGGAUCACCUACAUCCCAGAAAGGCCUGCAGAGAAGGAACAUGAUUGGUUACAGAGGGAGAAGAGGGCGAGGCUUCCUCCUGUGGCCCCGCCCUCUCGCAGAGCCAGCCACUGUCCAAUCAGAACACACGGCUUAAAAGGAUAUCCUGCAGACAGCUGGUGGAAGAAAGAGGAGCUCCAGCCGGUGAUGAAGACGAGCCGCUCUGCCUCCUGCCCCGACCCGGAGACGCUGGGCCUCCCCAGGAUCCCUCUUCCUCAUCCUCUUCCUCCCUCGCCUCCUUCAUCGCCGCCAGAGGAAAGCCUGAAAACAGCCGAGAGCCGCCAGGUGACCCGGAGGAUCGGCUCCGUCCUGACCCGGCUGCUGAGGCGGGACCGAGCGGACUUCGGGGAAGAGAGGGACGCCGAGCUGCACCUUUACGUGGUUUCUCAGACCUCCACCCUGUACCUCCACCUGCAGAGCUGCUGGAACAGCUUCGUCAUCAGGUCGACCCUGUUCCUGGAUCCGGUCUACAGGAGGAGAAGCACGCCGUCGUCCGACUCCAUCAGCGCGGAGCGGACGGCUCACCUGUUCGCUCAGCUGAGUUCGGAGCUCCUGCAGGACGGCGUCGCCGUGGAGAACGUGUACCUUCUGCUGCAGGAGCUGAGGACGGCGGCUCACCGCAGCACCGCGCUGAGGAGGCUCUUCUGGAGGUCUGGUGAGACGUUCGUCUUCCUGGUUCAGACUCUGGAGGAACGUCUUCAUGGCCGUCAGAGCUUCAGCAGAGUUUACACCACAGAUCAGCUCCUGCUGAGUACGCUGAUCGUCCAGACGCUCGCCAUCAUGUUCAGAGACACGGAGGCGGAGCCAGCCAGGAGCAGCCUGCUGUUCGCCGAAAGGGGGGCUCUGAUCUCCAGACUGCUGCUCGCCUUCAUUUGUGAUCCUGGCGGUGAGAAGCAGAGCCGAGGAUCCGCGUCUGACUCCGAGCUCCAGGCUUUGCUCUCGGAGUACCUGGACGCUGCCUGCUCGCUGCUGUUUGAGCUGCUGCUGCUGGGCUACCAGACCAGCCGAUGUUUCCCCGGAGAGAACUUCGUGUCCGUGUCGUGGAUCCUGAGAGUCCUUCAGCCUCACCCCCACCUGAUUCGCUGUGACUCCGUCCAGCGCCGAGGAGAAGCUGCAGCCUCGUUAUCCGAUCUGCAAGCCGACUGUGAGACUCGUUCAGAGCAUCGUGACGCUCAUCCAGCGCAGCUGAGCCCACAGGAAGCUAGAAGAUCACUGCAGAAACAAAAAGCUCAGACAGAAUGUGCCUUUAUCAGCAGCAGGCACCUGAUUGGUUCUCUGGGUGAUCAAUAAAUGAUCAGUUUUACAGCAAAUCAAACUGGAAUCGGCUGAUUUGUUCAGGAAAAUUUGGGAUAAAAAAAAAAACGGAUCACUUUGUUUAUUAAUAAAAAAUAAUUUUUACAAAGUUAUUAUUUAACUCCAUCAGCAAAACCAGAGUCUGGAGAGCUGGAGGGAAAUGAGUCAUCCUGGAAACGAGUCAUCCAGGAAACGAUUCAUCCUGGAAACGAGUCAUCUUAUAAACGAUUCAUCUUAUAAACGAUUCAUCCAGGAAACGAUUCAUCCUGGAAACGAUUCAUCCUGGAA